AUGUCCUGUCAUCAAAGUGAGCGAGAGGCUGAGCUCCUCGUACGAGUGAAGGAACUCGAAGACGAGCUUGAGGCCCAACGCUUCCUGUCGACGCAGAAGGACGAACAACUACAGACGUGGCUUAUUACUGUGGAGACGACUCUUCAAAGCACCCUCGAAACCAAGGAUAGCGAGAUGGCUCAAUUACGCGCCGCUAUCGAGUACUACGAAGCUUUACUGCCGCAACAUCAACACCUCGGGCGCUCCGACGUUGAUCCCGACGUUCCGCCCCAUUUCCCUUCACCUGUGGGUUCUGACGUGGGCUCGGUGUACUCGUCACCCUCCGUGUAUAGUGCCACACCCGACGCCGGUGUAAUGUACUCGAUGUUAGAACAACUGCGACGCGACGUUUCCGCCUUCUCACCCUCUUCCGGCUCGCCCCUUUCUUCCCACAUUAUUAGCGACAAUCUUCAAACGAGCGAAGUUCACGCCGCCUUGCCGUCUCCUACUUCCGGCUCAUCUGGAGCACCGACUUCGAGCGGCGCCUCUGAGUUCGUCACUCGCAGGGCGCAAGUCGCUCUUCCCGCUCAGACCGUUCCUGCGUCAGCGACUAUCUCCGACCUUGUCGCGACCUUCAACGCACUUUCGCUCACAGCCCGCAAGCCCAACACCAAACUCUUUCCUACUCCAGAGGGCCAUGAAUUUUCUACUAUCAGCCUUUCGCCUCUGGCCCUCGUCGACGCCAACCGUCUCACCGUCUCUCGGCAGACGGGUGCCAAAUGCCGUCCUGUGCUCGAUGCCGAGAACCACCUCUUCACUCCAGGCAGCCCGGCCGUACCGAGGAAGAGAAGAAAGUCCAAACUUACACGUGGGUUAGCCGGCUUUCCUCAUCUGCGGAUUGUCGUGCGCACUCCUUAUUGGCGCGAGGCGAUGGGCUGCCGGACACCAGUCAGCCCGUGUUGGGGCAUAGGCAAAGGAGGGCGCGUUUGA